ACACUAUCACUUCAACCCAUAAGAGAUUUAGGGUUUACAUAAGAGCGCAGGCGAUAAGAGUUUAGCACACCAAGCUUGUAUCUUUCGCCGCCGACUCUCCACCGCAACCAUGAUCAUUUCAGAGAAGAACCGCCGCGAGAUCUCCAAGUACCUCUUCCAAGAGGGAGUGUGCUAUGCGAAGAAGGACUACAACAUGCCGAAGCAUCCAGAGAUCGAUGUGCCGAAUCUGCAGGUGAUUAAGCUGAUGCAGAGCUUCAAAUCCAAGGAGUAUGUGAGGGAGACCUUCGCCUGGAUGCACUAUUACUGGUACCUCACCAAUGAUGGCAUUGAGUUCUUGAGGAACUAUCUCAACCUGCCAUCGGAGAUUGUGCCUAACACUCUCAAGAAGCAGGCUAAGCCCGCCGGCCGUCCUUUCGGUGGCCCACCAGGCGACCGCCCUCGUGGCCCACCUCGCUUUGGUGAUGGAGAGCGCAGAUUUGGAGGUGACCGUGAUGGUUACCGUGGAGGUCCUCGUGGUGGACCAGGAGGUGACUUUGGCGGUGACAAGGGAGGAGCCCCUGCUGACUACAGACCUUCUUUCGGGGGUGCUCCAACAAGACCUGCCUUCGGUCGUGGAGCUGGUGGUUUUGGUGCAGGCCCAGCUAGCUCUAAUCUUUCUUAAGAUAGGAUGUUGCUUCAACAGUUGCUUGGUUUCCUGAGUUUGUAUUUCAAGAACAGAUAACUUUCUUUUUUAGGAAACAAUAGCAGUUUUGUUCAAUUGCUAGUAUUGGGAUUGUAUUCGAAGUUUAUGUUAUUCUACUUUGUCUUUUGAACCCAACUUUGGGAAAGCAAUUUCAUCUUGGCUUAUCUAUAAUAUGUGAUAAAUUUUAUUA